CAUUCCCUCUCUCCUUCUCAAACCCCCAAAUCGCCUUCUUUCUCUCUCCUCUGCAACAUUUUCGGCUAUGAAGCAGCUCAUCCGCCGUCUCUCCCGCGUCGCCGACUCCUCCCAGUCCAGUUACUGCCUCCUCCGUACCGACUCCUCCGCUGCCGCUCGCCGCCCCGGCAGGGCCCACUCCUUCCGCGCUGCUGCUGCUAGCAAAUUCCGUCGAUCUAGACCGGAGGGCGCCAUGCCGGUUCCCCAGGGCCAUGUUCCGGUCUACGUCGGCGACGAGAUGGAGCGGUUUGCCGUCAGUGCCGAGUUACUAAACCACCCGGUUUUUGUUACUCUACUGGAGAAAUCGGCGCAGGAGUACGGAUACGAACAGAAAGGAGUGCUACGAAUCCCCUGUCAUGUGCUGGUGUUCGAGCGAGUACUGGAAGCCAUUAGAAUCGGCGACGAAGACUCAAUUUACCUUCAGGAUCUUCUCUCUUCACUCUCCGGCGACUUUCUUUCCUGAAUUGAUUCUUGUGCGUUUUUUGUUCCCUGGAUUGAUCGUGUUGGUUUUGAUGUACAUAUAAAACACACUUCCUUCUGCGAUCGGGGAAGAGGAAACGAGAUUUGUAGUUCUGUAAAUUGAUUUUGGAAUUAGGGUUUUGUGAUUGUUGAAUUGGACGCUGGAAACACUGAAAUGAAAUCGGAAUGUCCAAAUUGGCUGUAA